GUCUUGCCGCAAGUGGGCGUGGCCUUGCCCAUACAAGACACAAUGACGGCAGCUGCUGCCACAUUGUUGCCCGCAACCCUAUUGCCACCGCAGCAACAGCAACAACAUCAACAAAAGCUCACAACGGCCGAGAACAACAAUGAGCUGGCCACGCCUCUGCCCACAACGCGCAACAGCUCAUUGCAUGCCACAGUACCAAAAUCGCCGCCACGUUGGCCACUGCGGCCAGGUGUCAUGUUGCACGUGAGCAGCGACACCAAAGAGAAUCUUGCCGUGAAUCGCAUGACACUGAAACUGAAUCCGAAUCCAAACACAAAUCCCAGUGCAAAUGCGAGUCAAUUGUCGGCACAGCUGAGCGCCGUGCUGAACGAUAGCCAAACUAACUCAAACAGCACAAUGCUAACCGAGGUGACGGGGACGGUGAUGGAACAAGCAGCAGACACAGCAGCAGAAUCGACAGCAACGGCAGCAUCGCAGCCCGUAGCAAUUGCAACAGCAGCAGCAGCUGCAGCUGCAGCAGCCAACCGUAGGCUGAUGAAGACUAAUCCGUCUGACAUUGCCUUGCCAUCGACAGAUGCAACAGACGCCGCUACAGCUGAGGCAGUACCAGAGCUAACCGCCUGCCUGGUCAAUCCAACUGCAGCAACAACUGCAACAGCAGCAGCAGCAGCAACAGCGACUGCCGCUCCCAGCAGCAUGCAGCGCAUUUUGGACUUUGUUUUCAGACGCGCGAAGCGGGCCAGCGAUGAUGGCACCCGGGACAGUCAGCGCAGCCAUGUUGGUCUGUUGCAGACAUUUUGGCGUGGGCGUGGCAGCCAAGAAUCGCCUUUUGCGGCACAGCAUCGCCUCAAGGGCAUACGUUGCAGUGGCAGUGCAACAGCAACUAAUUCAACAACAACAACAACAGCAGCAGCACCAGCAGCAGCAACAACAAACAAUCCCAGCAGUGCCCAAUCACAUGCCUCUGUGACAUUUCAAGCGCCUUCAUUAGACAAGACGUCGCCAACAGACACCGCAGCAACAACAACAACAGCGGCAACAACAACAGCAGCAGCAAUGCCCGCAGCAGCAGCGGCAACAGCAACAGUCCACGCUGGGCCUGGCGUGAGCUGCUUGGAGCAACCGCAGCGCCCAGGCAUAUUGAAGUGUUCAACGCCCCCGCCGCGCCCACCGCCGCCGAUAUUGCCGUUGCGUCAUGGCCCUGGACAACAGCAGCUGUUGACCAGCAGCGGCCGCAGCAACAUACACAUCAGCAACAGUGGCAACCGGCCGCCUCUGCUCAAACGCACCGUUGUGGUGUCACCCAGCAAAGUCGAACGCGUCCAAAAGCCAACAAUCAUGAAGAACAUCUGCUAA